AUGUUGACCGCCAGUCUUGCUCCAUCUUGCGAUGCAUUCGGGCAUACCACUGACGCCAUCCAGGACGUGGAGAAGGGCAGUGAACUGAGCCGCCACCUCACCAACCAUGCCCUUACAUCCUUCUCGUGGUCGGAUGUUGGGGUUACUGUGAAGGACCGAAAGACCAAGAAGCCCAUACAGAUCCUGAACUCCAGCUAUGGCUGUGUCCAAGCCGGAAGUGUCGUUGCCCUCAUGGGUCCAAGCGGAAGCGGAAAGACUACAAUGUUGAACGUGCUUGCACAUCGCACAAGCACAAUGAAGGGUGACAUACAGGGGAGGAUCAUGAUGAAUGGACGAGUGAUGGAUGAAGCUGCUAUCCGGCGGGUCUCUACCUACGUCGAGCAAGAAGACGCCAUGAUCGGGAUCCUCACGGCGCGAGAAACAGUCGACUUCGCUGCCAGACUAUCCAUGAAUGGCAACACCCCGAAGAAAGACAGGCUUUCCAGAGUGGACGGGCUGAUCGAAUCUUUCGGUCUACAGCGGCAGGCAGACACAAUCGUCGGCACACCGCUACGGAAAGGCCUCAGUGGUGGCCAAAAGCGCAGACUGAGUGUGGCUAGCCAACUUGUCACGUCGCCUCGGCUGGUCUUCUUGGACGAACCCACGAGCGGGCUCGACUCUACUGCAAGUUUCGAAUGCAUGAAGUUUAUCAGACAGGUGGCUAAGCAACACAACCUGAUCAUCAUCGCCUCGAUCCACCAGCCAUCAACAACCACCUUCCAGCUUUUCGAUCAACUGAUGCUUCUGUCUCAAGGACGCACAUGCUAUUUUGGAGCCGUUUCUGCAGUCGAAGGCUACUUUGAGCGCAUUGGUCGACCAAUCCCCUUACAUAUAAACCCGGCAGAGUACCUGCUCGACCUGGUCAACACCGACUUCGGACACGAUGAUAGCUCCGCCGACGGCUCGUUGGGCUAUGUGCACGAAGCCUGGACGGCGUCUGAGGAGCACAACGCAUUAAUGUUAUCUACCGCGACCGUGAGCAGUCUUGUUCCGGUAUCCCCCUCACGUACGUCACGCAAGAGCACACUAGCUAUUGCGUGGGUUCUGUUGCAUCGCAACUUCAUCAAAUCCUACCGCGACCUCAUCGCCUACGGGACUCGCGUCUUCAUGUAUUUUGGCCUGGCAAUCAUGAUGGGUACCGUCUGGCUCCGUCUGUCCUACCAUCAGAACUCAAUUCAACCAUUCACCAACGCCAUCUUUUUCGGCGGCGCAUUCAUGUCAUUCAUGGCAGUCGCCUAUGUGCCCUCAAUCAUAGAGGACCUCAACAGCUUCGCCAAGGAACGCGCUAAUGGCUUGUACGGUCCUUUGCCCUUUAUCAUUGGCAACACACUCAUCGGCAUCCCUUGGUUAUUCCUCAUUGCGGUCAUGUUCUCCAUCAUCACCUACUGGUUGGGUCAUUUCAAUCCCACCGCUGGCGGCUUCUGCAUGUGGGUGCUUUGGCUGUUUCUAGACCUACUGGCAGCAGAGGGACUCGUGGUCCUCGUCUCGAGCAUCUUUCCCUUGUUUGUGGUGGCACUGGCGGUGACUGCAUUCGCAAACGGGCUUUGGAUGUGCGUCAAUGGGUUCCUUGUGCCGAUGGGAACGUUAAAUCCGUUCUGGAAAUAUGUCUUUCACUACAUUGAUUACCAAGCCUACGUGUUCCAAGGGAUGAUGGUCAACCAGUUCCGCUCCACGAUCUGGGAGUGUGACAAAUCCUCUGACACAGAUGAAUACCAGUGCAUGUAUCCUUCCGACCUCCAAUCCCAGGGCAAGAUCCGCGGCACCGCUGUCCUCCGCGCGUACAAGUACUCCUGGGGUGACGACAAGAUAGGCGAAUGGAUCGGGAUCAUGUUUGCGAUCAUCCUCGCCUACAGAAUCCUAGGCUACUUGGUCCUCGUGAUGAAGAAGCACUGA